UUCCUUCAGGCGAUGCUAAUCGCCGUUCUAGCGCUUAUUCUUCAUCUUCAGCAGCAGACUCAAACACUUCCUGAAGCACAGCGGUCACAAUAAGUCUGCUCUGUCCCGGAGCUAUUAAUGGAAAAACAUUUUAACUGCGUUUGAAUGGGAAAUGGUCCGUGUGUUUGUGUCCUCUCCGCAGCGGGGUGAACUGACCUCUAAUGACCUCUGGUGACCUGUGCUGACCCUCACACCUGUCCGUCAAGAUUGUCAAUCUGCGCCUAAAAGUCAUGGACAAUAAUAACGACAGCAAGAAGGCGGAGCCCAGAGUCAAUGAGAAGAAAUGCUCAUGGGCGUCAUACAUGACCAACUCCCCUACUGUCAUCGUACUGAUCGGCCUUCCCGCCAGAGGAAAGACAUACAUAUCUAAGAAGCUGACGCGAUACCUCAACUGGAUCGGGGUUCCCACGAAAGUUUUUAACCUGGGCGUUUAUAGACGUGAGGCGGUACAGUCAUACAAGUCUUUCGACUUCUUCCGUCAUGACAAUGAAGAGGCCAUGAAAAUCAGGAAACAGUGUGCCAUCGUGGCUCUACGGGAUGUGAAAUCUUAUCUGAAUGAGGAGGGAGGGCAGAUCGCUGUUUUUGAUGCCACAAACACAACCAGAGAGAGAAGGAACCUCAUCCUGAGUUUUGCGAAGGAAAACGCAUAUAAGGUGUUUUUUGUGGAGUCACUUUGUGACGACCCAGAAGUCAUUGCUGCCAACAUACUGGAUGUGAAGGUUUCCAGUCCUGAUUAUCCUGAGAGAGACCGAGAGAGUGUGAUGGAGGAUUUCCUGAAGAGAAUCGAGUGCUAUAAAGUCACAUAUCAGCCGCUAGACCCCGAUGACCAUGACAAGGACCUGUCCUUCAUCCAGGUGAUCAACGUCGGCCAGCGUUUCCUGGUGAACCACGUUCAGGAUUACAUCCAGAGCAAGAUCGUCUACUACCUCAUGAAUAUUCAUGUUCAGAAACACUCCAUCUACCUCUGCCGCCACGGCGAGAGCCAGCACAACGUCCAGGGCUGCAUCGGAGGAGACUCCGAGCUCUCCAGCAGAGGAAAAGAGUUUUCUAAAGCCCUGCGUGGGUUCCUGGAAAACCAGAAGAUCCCAGACCUGAAGGUGUGGACCAGUCAGCUCAGACGCACCAUCCAGACGGCCGAGGAGCUGGGCGUCCCGUACGAGCAGUGGAAAAUCCUCAACGAGAUCGACGCCGGCAUCUGUGAGGAAAUGACAUAUGAAAAGAUUAAAGAAACACACCCGGAUGAAUAUUUUCUCAGAGACCAGGACAAAUACCAUUACAGAUACCCAGGAGGAGAGUCCUAUCAGGACCUGGUGCAGCGGUUGGAGCCAGUAAUCAUGGCGCUGGAGAGACAAGGCAAUGUGCUGGUCAUCUGCCACCAGGCCGUCAUGCGUUGCCUCCUCGCCUACUUCCUGGACAAGAGCGCUGAUGAUUUGCCAUAUCUGAAGUGCCCCCUCCAUGUGGUCCUGAAACUCACCCCAGUGGCUUAUGGCUGUAAAGUCGACAUAUUUGACCUGAAAGUAGAAGCUGUAAACACACACCGGGACAGACCACUCGGAAGUUCCAGACAGGCAGUGCCGCCCACUCUGCUGAGAAGGAACAGCUUUACGCCACUAUCUAGUCAGGAUCAAGUCAAGCGGCCCCGCCUCUUCAGCGUUGGCAACCCGCCCCGGCUAGCAAGCGUUCCUGCCUUAUCAACCACGCGAUUCCCUGAGGCGGAGGAGAGCGAGGAGCUGAGCGAGAGCCAGGAAAUGCUGAACUGCUUCGGUCCGUCAGACUUGAAAGACACCAUCCAAGAGUGACGACACAAAUAAAGCAGUGUGACGCCCGUCACAAAUUAAAUGUGUUCUCCAGACAUGAUUCAACUGUAGAUGCCCGCUCAGAAUCGGCACGUGAACACUGCUUUGUGUAACGUUAAUAGCGCUGGCGACGCCUCCAUCCGCUCUUCUCAACCCUCAUCCAUCCACAAGCGUUCGGUAGUACGGUAAAAUCAAAACAGCAUGCGAGUCAUUGAUUCAAAUACUCCAUAAUUAAUGCAAGGGAGAUUUUGAACAGAUUGAGAGCAUGUGGGACCACAGCUGAACUGAUUGAGUGGGCGUGGCUUGUGCCAAUUAAGCUGAUUGGCUCUCCUGAAUCAGAAUAUUUAAAGACACAGCGCACUAAAAUAAGAACGAAGGGAACAUUCAAGCACUCAUUUUGAUUGUCAUAACAUCUGUUUUGCGCUCUUUUCUUAAUACUAUCUUAGUACUGAUUGAUUGACCCAGGCCAAAUUUGAUUGGAUAUUGUGUAAAUGUUUUAUAGAGUUAUGAUUUUAGCUGUUAAUUGUCUGUGAUGUUCUUGGUGUUGUUAUUUUCUCGUUUAUAUACAUUCUGGUUUUGAUUGUUGUGCAGAAUGUCUUAUUGAAUUUAAUGAAUGUCUUGUGGUUUUAUGUUGUCAUAGGUCAUGUGACAGAGCAAAAUGUUUGUGAAAUGUAUGUUCUGCUGGUUUUUCUCCCUUCAAACUUGCUGUAAUUUUGGAAAGGAACAUCAGGGUAGUUCUUAUAAAUAACGGUUUUACUGAAACUCAAGGAAACUUGAUUCAGACUUUAAGGAAUGUGUCCUUUCAUUGUUUCAUGAAUCAUUAAUUACAGAGUUAGGCCUAUCUUGUAAGUGAUUUUUCAAUGGAUCUUUUAGAAUGUUUAAUAUUACUGAGGAUAUUGAAACUCAUACGGUUAUAUUACGUUUUCAUGUUUAUUAUCAUUUAGAUUAUCUUUCAUUAUAAAAUGUUAUUUAUACAUGCUUUUAUCUUGCCUCAGAUCUAGAAGGAUAUUCUUAAAGGGUAUAUUAAACCGUUUUAUAAUUAUAAUUUGAGUUCAGGUUGUCAGAUUUUUAUGUUUCUGAUUUUAGGACGCACAAAGUAUGUUCUUAAUGUGUGUUGAAUGUUAUGAUGGCCUGUUAAGGAUGUGUUCCUCUCAAUCGAAGGCUGCAUUGUCGUUGCUUCGUGCCGCUUGUUAUUCUUUUUUAAUCCAAAUAUGAGUGUGAUUGCUUGAUUUGAUAUGAUCAGAUCUGUAAGUGCCUUUGCUUCACUAGUUCGCAACCAAAGUGUAACCAAGUCCUUUUUUUAAUGUAAGGUGUUACAGAAAAUACAUUUUGUGUUCUGGUUUCAUUGCAUCACAAUAUCUAUAUCACUAUUAUAGUUAUAACUAAAUAUAUAUGUCAUGCUAAUCUAUUGAUAAACAUUUUGUGAUCUAAUAAAUCAGUCGG